CAUACACCAGACAGCCAUUAGGGAGACCUACUGAAGUGAGGCUAGCUGUUGAGGUAGAUCAAAGAACAAGGAGGAGAGGAGAGGAGAGGAGAGGAGAUUCAAAAUGGAUAAAGGGUCAUCAACAAAGGAGGAGAUACAGGGAGAUGUUCUUCAAAUCUCUCAUAGCCCUUCCAUUUUUGUUGCAGGUUUCAAUGCUCUUCUCAGGUGUUUGGGACUGGGUACUGUUGAUCACCAAAGGAUAACCCAAGAAAGCUCAUCAACUUCAAGUUCAAAGCAAGAAGAUGAUGAAAAAGCCUCUGAAGAAAGCCCACAAUAUCCUCCUCCAACAAGAACUUCAGACCCACAAGCUGAUCCUCCCACAGAUACCUCUGAAGAUCCUUCUACAGAUGCAGCAGUAAGUGCUCUUGCGAGGCGGACUCCACCAGUAAGCAGAGGGGGAGGGGGGCAGACUAAUACCACCACAUCCUAAUUCAACAUCUCAAGCUCAGAAAUCUGACGGCCACACCAAAAUGCCAAAUUAGCUUUGCUAAAAGUCCAUUAAUAAAACAUCUUCACUGUAGAUGACAGGACUAGUCGUAUUUAUUGUGCGCACUUAGGAUUGUGUCUUUCUCUCUCACUAGGGUGGCGAGGAUUUGUGGUUGCCAUAUGGAAAGGUCUGUAAAUCUUAAAUCUAAUACCAUUUUCACUGUACGAGUAUCAUAUAUGCUAAGGUUCUUAUUUAGGGGUUUUAA